AUGACUAACAUGAGAUUUCUUAAAAUCCAUGGUUGGAGCAAGUUUACAGUAUUUAAUGUGUGCUUUCCUAAUGGUCUAGAUACACUGUCUCAUAAAAUGAGGUACCUUUACUGGGAUGGAUUCUGUCUUGAGUCUUUGCCAUCUAACUUUUGUGCUGAACAACUUAACCUUGUGAAUUUGAAGACAAUUGACCUGUGGGGAUCCCGAGACCUGAUUGAGAUUCCAGACUUAUCCAAGACAGAAAAACUUGAAAAUGUUUCUCUUUGCUAUUGUGAAAGCUUGUGGCAGCUCCAAGUCCAUUCAAAAUCUCUUCGUGAGUUAACAGAUGAACCAAGAAUUUAUGGUUCUCAGAAGCACUUCUCAACAUUCGCAUCUAAUGUUGAGAGAUUGUCUAUGAACAUCAAAAACCUUUCAACACUGACAAUGCUUUGGUUAGAUGAUUGCAAGAAGCUUGUGUCUUUGCCGAAGCUUUGGCCAUCCCUUGAAAAGUUGAGUGCUAGUAAUUGCAUUUCUCUAGACUCAUAUGUCACUCAAUGGCUAGUGUUACAACACAUGUUACAUAGCCGCAUACCCUACAUACGCAAACACUAUCUAAAGUGUUAUGAUGAAGAGUAUUUCUUUCCAGGAGACCAUGUGAUUGAUGAGUGUGGAUUUUGCACAACAGAGAGUUCAAUAACUAUUCCUUAUCUUCUGAAAACUGAAUUGUAUGGUUUCAUUUACAGCAUCGUUCUAUCGAAGGGAUCAGUCUUGCAGAGUGAUGUUUCAUGUUCUGUUUAUCAAGAUGGCAUAAGGGUUGGCUGGCUUCAAAGAUUGUUGGACUACGAAAAACAGUGGAGAAAGCAUAAAAGAGAUUGGCGUCUUUCCAAUAUAUGGCUCAGAAUCAGGGUUGAAGCUGGCUGGCUGGCAGCAGAGAAGUUUUUGAGUCGAAAUCCAUUACUCAAAUCUUUGAAUAUAGAAACUACCCAUGUGUUUAAAAUCGGGCAGGCAACUCAUCAG